AUGGUUCGUCUAUCCGCGGAGCUGAUACACGAUGCUUUCCAAUAUGUGAAUGCCGUCAAACAGAGGGAAUUGAACCUGAGGGACCUACAGAUUCCUGCAAUAGAGAAUUUUGGGGCCACUCGAAAUCAGUACGAUGUUAUUGAUCUUACGGAUAACAACAUCCGGAAGUUGGAGAAUUUUCCUUUCCUCAAACGUCUAGAGUCAUUGCUUCUUCACAACAAUAGGAUUCAGUAAGUCCUUCAUCUUUUACCUAUUCCUGUCUUUAGGUAUAUUCAGAAGGAUCUCCAUGAGAAACUCCCUAAUUUGAAUACCUUGGCUUUGACCAACAACAAUUUAGCUGAGCUUGGAGAUAUUGAACCUCUAGCGAAAUGCAAGAAACUUGAGUAUUUAACUCUGAUGGGGAAUCCGUUGACACACAAACCUCAUUACAGAGCCUAUGUGAUAUACAAGCUGAGAUCAGUCCGUGUUCUUGAUUUUAAAAGAAUCAAAUUGGCGGUAAGUUAAAGAUCUAUUAUAAUAUUGUGGUUAAGGAACGACAAGCUGCUCUUCAAUUGUUCAAGGGAGCUGAAGGGAAGAAGUUGCGAGAACAACUUGUUAAGAAAUCCCAGCCAUUACCAAAUGAGAACGAACCAGUUAGAGCUCAGCCCGUUGAGAGUAAUAGGACAGAUGAAGAGCAAGAAAAGAUCAGGCAGGCGAUUCAGAACGCAAAAACGUUAGCAGAAGUUGAGCAUCUGCAGAGUUUGUUGCAGCACGGAAAAGUGCCUGAUCCCUCACAGUAAGUUCAUUUUUAUUUUGACAUGUGUUUCGUCUCUAGGUUUGGUCAAGAAAACAAUGGUAGCAAUCCGAGUAAACCCGAUGGACAAGAAGAGGAGGAAGAUAUGGACACAGAAGAAGACGUUCAGCCCCUCAAUGAACUCCAGAAUGGUCAAAACGGAGAGGUGGAGGUUCAAUGA